CCUCGCUCCCACCGCGGACCCCGCGCUCCAGGAUGAUGAUGAUGCUGCAGCUCGUGCUCCUCGCCGCGCUCGCCCUGUGCGGGCGCUGCUCCGAGCUGGAUGUCGAUGGCGUGCAGCGGGUGGUCGGCGGCACCGAGGCGCGCUCGCACGCCUGGCCCUACCAGAUCUCCCUGCAGUAUUACUCCCAGGGCGGCUGGUACCACACGUGCGGAGGCUCCCUCAUCCAGAGGAACUGGGUGAUGACUGCCGCCCACUGCGUCAACAAUAACCUGAACUACCGUGUGGUGGCCGGCGAGCACAACCUCAACAGCAACGAGGGCAGCGAGCAGAUCUUCAGCGUCAGCAAGAUCAUCGUCCAUCCCUACUGGAACAGCAACAACGUGGCCGCGGGCUACGACAUCGCCCUGUUCCGCCUGAGCGGCUACGCCACCCUGAACAGCGCCGUGCAGCUGGCGGUGCUGCCCCAGGAGGGCACCAUCCUGCCCAACAACUACCCCUGCUACAUCACGGGCUGGGGCCGCACCCGCAGUGAGUGACGGGCUCCCCCC